AUGCAGCAACAACCUCGUGUGCAGCUCUCGUAUCAAUCGGCGACCAAGCCGUCGGAAUCUCCGCAAUCGAAGACGCGUCGUGCAAGAAUGGAGGUGUAG